ACAUGCGGAACCCCGGCAAAUCUGGCCACUGUAUCAUUCAAACAAUCAUCGGGAUUGGUAAAACCGAAAACCACAUUCCCUGUCGGUACCACACCGGCUUUUGAGAUGGCCCUGUACACGGCCACAUUUCUCAUGUCGAAAGACCGACCACAGCGUGUCCAUUUGGGCUCAUGUGAGGUGGACAUUGUCUGUCAUCGGUUGGGGACAACGAAACUUGGUUCGUGCUAUCUACAACCGAUGACCAGGGGGAGAGAAAUUAUUGACACGGUGGCCGAGCGCUGA